AUGGACAGCUCUCCCGCCUCGCCUUUGGCCCCCAGGGAUCCCAGCUCCCCUGAAUCUUCGAUCGGCGAACAAAUCGCCACUCUACAGGCCCAGCUUGCCGCUCUGCAGGCCUCGCAACCCGCCGCCGCCGCAGCCGCCGCACCCCCGGCCGUCACCGUCGUGCCGGGGAACGCCGCCACCGCAUCCAAGGUCGUGUUUCCCAAGCACGCUCGUCUGGACGGCCCCAAGUCGUUCACCAACUGGUUGCGUCAACUCCGUCUUGCACUCCCGAACCAGGUUCGUGGUUACGUUCUCGACGGUGUCGUUCCCCCGACCUGGACCGCCGACCAGCUUGCCGCACGUGACGACGCCGCCCGGGAAAUCAUCGUUGGCUCUAUCGACUCCGCCGACGUAUCGGCCAUGACAGGCAACGUCGGAGGGGAUGACGAUGACUACACGCGAGAGACGAGGGAGAGAGCGAGAGAGCGCGCGAAAGCGCGAAGGAGCGAAAGGGGUGUCGACCGAGGCGGCGGCAGUCGACCGAGAGGCAACCGCGGAGGAUACGCGGCUGCAAGGCUCGCAGCAAGUCCAGUGUACCGAACUAUGGUAGCCAACGAGGUCGGACAGAAGAGGGAGGGCAAACGAUCCAAGAAAUAG